AUGAUUGCAGUAGCAUCAUUGGCGACCGCAACAGGACUUGCCGCUGCAAUGGGAAAUCCUAAAAUUCUGGAUUAUUUUCAACAACCGGGAAAACAUUUGCGGCUCAGUCGCAAGACAACAAUCGAUCGUAUCCUCGACACAGGUUACCCAUGUGAGGAGCAUGAGGUGGAAACCGAGGAUGGUUACUUCCUCAAAAUCUAUCGGAUUCCCAGUUCUCCCAAAUUUGUGUCAAAUUCAUCCUUACAACACCGCCCAAAGGUAUUAUUGGAACAUGGUUUGAUGGGUACCUCUGAUACUUGGAUAUUGAAUGGACAGGACAAUAGUCUCCCCUUCCUGCUGGCAGACCGUGGUUAUGAUGUGUGGCUGGGAAAUGUCCGAGGAAAUUUAUAUGCUCGGAAACAUCGAUCGCUAAGCAUACACGAUGGUCUGUUUUGGCGUUUCAGUUGGCAUGAAAUUGGUUUCUAUGAUCUGCCAGCAACAAUUGACUAUAUUCUAAAAAAUAUAACCGAUCCGCAAGAGAAGUCCUUACACUAUGUGGGCCACUCACAGGGUACAACCAUUGUGACGGUAUUAAUGUCAAUGCGUGAAGAGUAUCAGCAGUAUUUGAGAACUGUGAAUUUAUGGUCUCCGGUAAUAUUUUUGGAUAAUACCGAAAAUCGUUUACUGAAAGUCCUGAGUCCCUAUAUGGGUUAUUAUAAUAUCAUUACGGAGAAAUUUAGUCGUCAGGAAUUUGUACCCUUUAAUGAGCUGUUUGAUCAGCUGAAAUAUUCGGCGUGUCAAAAGGAAUCGAAGCUGCAUGGAUUCUGCUCUCCACUGGCCCUGAUGGUAGAGGGGACAUUUCGCAAUAAGAAUAGGACCGCUUUAGAAUUGUGUUUGGAAACCCAUCCGGGUGGCAUUUCAACGGAACAAUUUCUGCACUAUAUGCAGGCCUAUCCCCCACGUUAUCCUUUGGAGAGAAUCCACAAGCUGUUGCAUAUUUGGUAUAGCAGGGGAGACCAAACCGUGAAGCCAGUAGAUGUACAACGUUUUGUUGCCGGAAUGCCUGCGGUUAUUACACAUCGUAUCGCCGAUGAUAAUUGGUCGCAUGGUGAUUAUAUGUUCGCCUCAAAUGUUCGACAGAAGGUUAAUGAACCCUUGAUUGCGGUUCUGGAUGAUUAUGAGAGAAAUAAAAAAUAA